AUGUGGCGGAGUUUCGUGCGAUUUCACGUUGCAAUGCAGCGAAAGCUGUGCGUCUCAAUUGUCGCGGCGAGAGCUGCUGCGGUGCGACCGCGUGGGGUGCGCAGCACUCCGCAGCCGCAACUGUGCGUCGGCGACGCGUGUGCCCGUUGGCCGCCCGCCGGAGGUGUGCGUGGGGCCCUCCACCCAUCGUUUCUUCUGAUGGCGCCGCGCCGCGUGUCCGGCGGUGGCGCGCAGGUCGCACAGGGCCAAGGGAGGGAGCAGGGAAAUAAACAACCGUGGACACUUACCACCAGCGUCGAAGAUGUACUGUUGGGGAGCGAGCCCAGCAUUGAGA